AUGGACAACUGUGCAUGCAAGUUCGUCUUGGAUGAGCAGCUGCGUAUCUUGGAGCGUGGGGGCGGGGCGAUUCGCGAGAAUCCCAAUAACAGCCUCCAUUGGUGUAUUCCACAGGAGGCGGAGAUGUGGGUGUCCGACCAGUGGUGGGAUACCAGGUACGACGCAUGUUGCUUCAUGGGUGCUCGCCGCAAGCGGCAGCGUCUCCGGCACAAUAUCUGGGAGCUGACCCAGGGCCCUGCCUUGUUGUGCCAUCAUACACAUCACCCGGCAGACUGGCAGCCUUGGGAGCACGAGGGCAAGGUUGUAUACCCGUCUGCAGUGGAGGCCGAGUACACUGCCCCGUUCGCCUUCCAUGUGGCUGUGGCAUCUAGCUGGUGGGCUUGCCGGUUGGGGUUCGCCAAGCUGCAUGUCCCGCGCGGGCCCUUCGUCCAGUGUGUGGGCCGACCGGCCCGCGUGCCCCGGCGCGUCGAGGUCUCUGCUGUUUUGCGGGAGGAUAAGACUUUGCCAGAAGAUGUGGUCUACGUUGGUCGAGGCCACCACUCUCACCGGCUUCCGGUGACGCAGUGGGCCUCGCCUUUCAUCCCUGGCCACAAUUGCGGUGCUGAUGAAUGGUUGGCUCUGUAUGUCGAGCACGUCGUGGCCAACCUCCAGACCGAUUUGCCUUGCUUGGAGGGCAAGGUGCUGGCCUGUGAUUGCCCGCUCUCGCAAGUUUGCGAAGGCGACCUUCUGGCCGGGCUCGUGUUCGACGCGGGCAAGCCAGCAGGCGCCCCACACCCGCAGGCAGCGGGUCGCCCGCGCCGCUCGGUGGGCCGGCAGAGUCGUCGGGUCCUUCUGGCAGCGUCGGCGGCGGUCGCCCUCCCGACUCCGGCGCUCCUGUCAGGUUUCCGCUUUCCGAUGAUCGAGGAUUUGGUGAACGCCCCUCCUUUCAGCGAGUACUUGCAACGGUGUCGAGCUCGUGGCGAGGAUUGGGAUGGGGCCUUGGUGCCUCAGCUGGUCAGUGGCCAGCAGCGCCAGUGGCAGCGCAUGUCUGAGGGUCAGCAAGCAGGUGCCAUGGCCCACAGGGCUGCUCUCCCGCCAGUGCUCCCGUUCGGUCUCAGCCCUACGGAGCACUUCGAGCUCGCCCACCAGGUGGCACAGUAUCCUACCCCUUUCGAACAGCCCCCGGCACUUGAUCUUGAUCUUUGCUUUGCAGCUGAGGUCUGUGCCAAGGAGCGAGGGACGCUCAAGCAAAGGCGGCGAGAGUCGCUGGGUGCUAUUCGAGAGUUGCACCGCCGAUGGCGGGGUGUUGACGUCACGCGGCAAAGGGAUAUCGGCCUUCUAGCCCUGCUCUGCUUGCUCGUGUCGUGGGGUGACCCGACAUUGCCUUCUGAUUUCCUUUUCGGCAUGGCUGCGGUUGGGACGGCACCUUGGUACGGUGUUUUCCCUGCCCAGGGGUUCCGAGAGAUUACUCGGGCGGAGGUGCUUUCGGAGGCGGCUUCCUCCAACGCCCGUGUGCGGGCGGGCCUGCGUCCGGGCCGUGAUGAUGCUUUCUUGUUGGAGCAGAGUCUGAAGGAUGCUGAGAGCGGCUUCUGCACUGCCCCUAUGCGCCACUCAGAGCUGUUGCGAGUCGUUCAAGGGCAGCCCUUUCGACUCAUCCCCCGUUGUGUCAGAACACAGAGCAGCGGUAAGCAGAGGAUCAUCGAUAAUGCCGAUGCCGGCGGCCAGUCUCUCCUCAGUUCUGAUCCUAACAAGCUGGUCCUGUCUUUGCGUCCAGCCCAGCAUGCUGCCUGUCUGCUUUCCUGUCUGGAUCCGGGCUCCCUCGCUCGGGCGGUUGCCGAGGAUGCCCUGGAGGGCGGAGGGGAGGAUUGGCCGGAG